AGAAGCCUCCACGUAGGACAGAGAAGGAAAUGACACUGCCCAUUUGAUAUCUCAAUUUUCCACCUCUCAUCCCCACUAUCCCUGCCCAUAUCAACACUGUCCGCACAAUCUAACACAGAAAAAAAAAAUACUCACAGAAACAAGCAGUUGGAUCAGAGAGACGCAGAGACCAAAAAUGGCUUCCACUUCUGCAAUUUCCAUGGCGAUGCCAAUAACUUACGCAAGGCAAAAGAGUGCUGUGAGCUCAGAUGCCUUCUUCAAGCCUCUACCAAUGAAGAAGCCUUCAACUUCAAGCGCAGCGGGGGCAUCAAAAUCCAGUGGAAGACAUGCAGUCCAGGCUUCUCUGAAGGAGAAGGCAGUCACCGGAUUGACAGCGGCGGCACUGACUGCUUCGAUGGUGGUUCCGGAGGUGGCCGAAGCAGCCGAGUCAGGGAUUACACCAUCCCUUAAGAACUUCUUGCUCAGCAUUGUGGCUGGAGGAGUUGUGCUUGCUGCCAUUGUUGGUGCUGUGAUUGGUGUUGCCAAUUUCGACCCUGUCAAGAGGAGCUGAGGGAAGAAAUUUAUGGGAAUGUUGGGUUUUUCACCUCUCUUUUUGUUGCCCUCUUCUUGAUGUAUCAGUCUGGUGGUUUCCGCAACGAUGUUUGUAUUAUGUUUGUAAUCUAUUUUAAGUUCAUUUGCAUUAAUUUUGCCAGAAA